UGUCCAAAAACGAAGAAAAGAAAAGGAAAAAACAGGACAAAAUUAAGCCCAAUUAUUGCUGGUGUCGGAACUUGUAUAUUUUCCGAUCAAGAUCAGCGGAAUCCCCAGAAAAUGAAGCGGAAGAAGUGGUCGGAGGUGGAGGAGCAAACACUGCUAUCGAAAUACUCGGAGCUUCUGAACUCGGGGACGCUGGCGAAGCUGAAGACGCGGGAGAAGAAGUUCAAGCCCAUCGCCGAUCACGUCAACUCCCUCCAUCACCACCACGAUCCGAUCACCUUCCCCUUCAAGUGGUCGUGGCGCGACGUCUCCAUCAAGGUGCAGAACAUGCGCCACCAGUACCUCGGCGUGAAGCAGAAGAUCCGAAUCUCCACCAACGAGUUCAAUUGGGACGACGGCGAGAUCCACUGGGAGAAUUUCCUCAAAUACAAGGAGGUUUUCGGGGAUAUUGAGUUGGUCGAUGGCGGAGCUAGGAAAUUUGGGGAGGAGGGCAUUUCGGGUAUUUUGGGCGAUGAUUUAGGGUAUGGGAUUGAGAGUGAGGAUAUGGAUGAUGAGGAAUUGGAUUCUGAUUUGGGGGUGAGUGAUGUGGAGAAGGAGGAUUCUGAUUUUGAUGGGAGGGAUAAGAGGAAGAAGGGAUUGAGGGGUGCUGGUGCUAAAUUGUUGGAAUUGAGGGAUGUGGUUGUGAGGAGGGAGGAAAAGAGGAGGGAGAGGGAAUGGAGGGGAGAGGUGGGAGCAAUGGAGGAUGAGAUUGAAAGGAAAGAGAGGGAAUUGAGGGCGAAGAAGCAGUUGAUGGAGAGGGAGGAAGGGGUUUAUGAGAAGGAGAUGGAGUUGCUAGAGCUGCAGAUGGCUAGGGAGAAGAGGGAUUAUGAGAAGUGGAUUCGGUUGGAGAAGGAGCUUGACCAGGAGAGGAGGCAGAGGAUGAAGUUGGAGGAGAAGUGGGAGGAGGAGGAGUUGGAGUGGAGGGAGAGGCUGGUUGAGGUGCAGAUUGAGCAUGAGAAGCAGAUGAUGCAAAUGCAUGCUGAUGCUUGCCAGAACCAGCUCCAGAUUCUUGGGGUGCUGGCUCGGCUUGUCUGCCAGUUUUUCGGGUCCGCUGGUGAUGGUUUGAGUGGCAACAUGGGGACUCUCCCCCCUCAGGUUUUGCAGAAUUUGCAGCACCCGGGAGGCUUGGGUGAUGGCGGCAAGCCUGAGGCUAACUUGCCUUCUGAAUUCUUGUAGACUGUGCUUGCUUUGCUCCCUUGUGAGUGGUAUUUCUCGCAGUUGACUGUGUUGUUGAAAUCAAUUAGUUUUAGAGGAUGUUUGUUCCCGACUGCAUUCUGUUUUUGUUUUUGCUUAUGGAAGAGGAAGAAAUGUCCUUUCGAAUGGGGUAAGCAACUUUCCUACAUAAUAUCACAACAGUUAUUGAGAUAUGACUGUGAAAGCGUCUUAUCAUAUUUGCUUUAUAGUUCCAACUCGAUACAUGUAUUCGAAGAGGUUUAACUGAUGGACACUGCAAGUAUGUUACAGAUUACUGGAAUAUAGGGUUGUUGUUAGAGCUUCACAGGCCGUGUCUCGGGUAGGAAGACGAUUGAGUUAUGAUAUUAUGAUGUACCAGUACUACUAUAUUGUAUGCAGGAAAUUUGGUGGGAUGGUAUCAGCAUGUCUGUGGAUGAGGAGGUAUCAGUGACUAAGUUCUUUAUUUUUGUCAUUCUAUUCGUUCAGUUCGUUGCUGUUUUUCACGUAUAUUGUUCACAAAAAUGACUCUUGUGUGUAGGCUUGUCAUUCUGAUCCAGCUGUUUAUUGUUAGUGCUGAAGUUUAAUCAAUCUGUUAAAGGGCUGAAUUAGUAUAGUCUAUAAGAUUGUCAUCUCUAUGCAUCUCUUAUUUUGUUUUAUUAUGAUCUUGAAUUUGGUGAAAAUAAUUGCAGUGGUAUAUGACUAUAAUGCGUUAAUGAUGCUCUUUCCUUUUCUUCA